AUGUGCUUGGAAAUGGGACCCACGAUCCGUCGUGCAUUUGGCAUCUUGGUGAUUGCCAAGAUGCACGACGCUGAUAUUGUCCAUGGUGACCUGACGACGUCUAACAUGAUGCAGAGCAAUGACGUUGCAACGGAUGUGACGAUGAUCGACUUUGGCUUGGCUAAUUCGCAACCGCUGCCGGAGGACAAGGCCGUCGAUCUUUAUGUCAUGGAGCGCGCGUUUGCUAGCACACAUGUCAACUCGGAGCUCUUGGUAGAAGAGGUGCUGCGUGCGUACCGCGCGACUUCCCGUCGCUCUGACUCAAUUUUUCAGAAGCUUUCUCAAGUUCGUAUGCGAGGCCGCAAGCGCACCAUGGUCGGAUAG